AUGCACUCUUCGAGCAGGCUGAAAACAGCGUGCGCAAAGGAAGCAGAGGACCGAGGGAGGGAAUGGAAAGCGAAUGCGAGUGUGAAGCACAGAGAUAAUGUGCGGCACGGCGUGAGAAAUCAGAGCGUUGUCGACCUCGCUUCCCCCGUCCGUCGAUCUCGCAUCCACCGUUCGUCGCCCUCGCUUCCCCCUUUUCGCCCAAGCUUCCCCAUCCGUCGCCACAGCUUCCUCCGCCCAUCGCCCUCGCUUCUCCCUCCCAUCUCCCUCGCUUCCCCAUCCCAUCGCCCUCGCUUCCCCAUCCCAUCGCCCUCGCUUUCCCCUCCCAACGCCCUCGCUUCCCCUUCCCGUCGCCCUCGCUCCCCCAUCCCAUUGACCUCGUUUCCCCAUCCCAUCGCCCCCGCUUCCCCCUCCCAACGCCCUCGCUUCCCCCUCCCAACGCCCUCGCUUCCCCCUCCCGUCGCCCUCGCUUCCCCCUCCCGUCGCUCUCGCUUCCCCCUCUCGUCGCCCUCUCUCCCCCCUCCCGUCGCCCUCACUCUGCUCCCCCAGCUCAUUCUCUUUCCCAGCUCACUCUGCUUCCCCUGCUCAUUCACUUCCCCAGCUCACUCUACUUCCCCUGCUCAUUCUCUUCCCCAGCUCACUCUACUUCCCCUGCUCAUUCUCUUCCCCAGCUCACUUCCCCUGCUCAUUCUCUUCCCCAGCUCAUUCUGCUUCCCCUGCUCAUUCUCUUCCCCAUCUCACUCUGCUUCCCGUGCUCAUUCUCUUCCCCAGCUCACUCUACUUCCCCAGCUCAUUCUCUUCCCCAGCUCACUCUACUUCCCCAGCUCAUUCUCUUCCCCAGCUCACUCUACUUCCCCUGCUCAUUCUCUUCCCCAGCUCACUCUACUUCCCCAGCUCAUUCUCUUCCCCAGCUCACUCUACUUCCCCAGCUCAUUCUCUUCCCCAGCUCACUCUACUUCCCCAGCUCAUUCUCUUCCCCAGCUCACUCUACUUCCCCAGCUCAUUCUCUUCCCCAGCUCACUCUACUUCCCCAGCUCAUUCUCUUCCCCAGCUCACUCUACUUCCCCUGCUCAUUCUCUUCCCCAGCUCACUCUGCUUCCCCUGCUCAUUCUCUUCCCCAGCUCAUUCUGCUUCCCCUGCUCAUUCUCUUCCCCAUCUCACUCUGCUUCCCGUGCUCAUUCUCUUCCCCAGCUCACUCUACUUCCCCAGCUCAUUCUCUUCCCCAGCUCACUCUACUUCCCCAGCUCAUUCUCUUCCCCAGCUCACUCUACUUCCCCUGCUCAUUCUCUUCCCCAGCUCACUCUGCUUCCCCUGCUCAUUCUCUCCCCCCCGCCUCACUCUGUUUCCCCCUGCUCACUCUCUUCCCCCCUACUCGCUUUGUUUCUGCCUGUUCACUUUAUUUUCAGCUGCUAA